GGGGCUGCAGCGCGGAGCCGGCCCGGCCCCAUGCCGAGCGCCGCCGCCGGCCAGCCCCAGCCAUGGGCGGCUGCGUGGGGCGCCAGCGCCGGGAGCGGGCCGCCGCCGGUAACACCCGCAAGCGAGCAGGCCGCAAUGAGCCCCUGAAGAAGGAGUGUCCCAAGUGGAAAAGCGACUACCCCAUGACGGACGGGCAGCUGCGCAGCAAGCGGGAUGAGUUCUGGGACACAGCACCCGCCUUCGAGGGCCGCAAGGAGAUCUGGGAUGCUCUGAAGGCAGCUGCCUAUGCCGUGGAGGCCAACGACCACAGCCUGGCUCAGGCCAUCCUUGAUGGAGCCAGCAUCACCCUGCCCCAUGGGUCCCUGACAGAGUGCUAUGAUGAGCUGGGCAACCGCUACCAGCUUCCCGUGUACUGCCUGUCACCUCCUGUCAACCUGAUCCUGGAGCGGAGUGAGGAGGAGGCAUCGGAGCCGGCUGAGCCCCUGCCCAACGCCCGGCGGGAGUUCUCCCUCAAGGUGCGGCUGUCCACGGGCAAGGACCUGCGGCUCAGCGCCAGCAUGGGCGACACCAUCGGGCAGCUGAAGAAGCAGCUGCAGGCACAGGAAGGCAUUGACAUGGCCUGGCAGCGCUGGUUCUUCUCAGGCAAGCUGCUCACCGACCGCACGCGGCUGCAGGAGACCAAGAUCCAGAAGGAUUUUGUUGUGCAAGUGAUCGUCAACCAGCCCCUGCCGCCCAGGAACUGAGCUACCCCACACUGGUUGCGGGGCGAGGGCAGGGAGCUGGGGGCAGCGGCACCACCGGGGGUGCCCCAUGCCAUGUCUCAGCCCUGCCGGAGCUGGGGCAGCCCCUGCUCAGCCUGCCUCAAAGGUCUUUUCAAAAGACCUGAGCUCCCUGCUCAGGCUGCCCCCCACUCGGGUGAUCCCCCCCAGGAAGGUCUCCAUGGGGCUGUGCCACCAUGGUGGUCCCUCUUGGCUGGGGGUAUGGGCAUGCACCGUGUUUGCUGCAGGAGGUUUGAGACCAAAUGUGUCUGGGGUGGUCAGCACGGCCAGGGCCCCGCUGCUGGGCUGUGCUGUGCUGGCAGGGAGAGGCUGUGACCUGCUGGGCUUCAGCUCACCCUGGGCAGGAGGCCCCAGGGUGCUGGGCUGGGUGGAGAUGUCUCCCCUCUGUACAUAGUCUGUAUUUAUCAAUAAAGCCUUUUCAUCCUU